UUUGCUUUUCGCCCUAGGGAACCUCCGCCUUCGCCGUUGUUCUUCAUUUUCUGCAUCCCUUUCCGCCCUAGGACAGGAACCUCCGCUUCUUUUGCUUCUUCUUCGUAUUUGUUUCCUCUCUUGUCCGGAAUGUCGAUUGGAGAGCACGCUUGCAGCCUCGCUGCUCUGAUUCUCUACGAUGAUGGUAUACCCAUCACGGCGGAGAAGAUCUCUACGCUGUUAAAAUCUGCGAAUAUCUCGGUCGAAUCUUUCUGGGCCACUUUGAUUGCAAAGCUUCUCGAGAAGAAAAAUGUUGAUGAUCUAAUUCUUAACGUUGGAUCCGGCGGUGGGGGUGCCUCUGUGGCUGCGGCGGCUCCAGCAGCUGGUGGUGGGGGCGGUGCAGUACAAGAUGCUGCCCCUGCGGUAGAGGAGAAGAAGGAGGAGCCCAAGGAAGAAAGUGAUGAAGAUAUGGGUUUCAGUCUUUUUGAUUAGAAAUUAUCUUUUCUUUCUUUAUUUUGAUUGACAAACACUUUUAAUUAUCACGUGUCAUUAAUGUAUGAUUUAUUUAAGAAUCUCAAUGUUGUUGUGGUAUCUUGUGUUUUGGUUAUAGACUAUGGAUCUUUCUACAAGAAAAGUCUGUUUUCUUCA